UGGCCCGACGAGUUGACUUAAACCAACUUAAUAUGAACCCAGCAACUUGAGUUUACUUAGCCGCAGCUGUUCGAGCCUUGCAUGUCUUAAUUGCCAUAUUGAUUAUGGUUUUGUCUAGUGUUAUUUGUUCUCUACAUCAAGUUGUGGAAAAAUUGCGUGUUCUAAUUGUGUGUGCAAAUCAAAUGGUGUUAUUUAAAUCGUUUUCUAUUAUGGUAAAAUAAAAAAAUGUUUGCUUUUGUGGUUCGGCUUUCGUGUACGACUUUAAAAUUACUUCCUUGGACGUGAUGCUCAGAUCUGCUUUCUUAUAUCAUAUAUUUUCCCCCCCUAAAUGCUGUCAUUAAACCAGACCAAUGUUUUUUUGCCAACAAAUAUUUUUUUCACUUUUUUUUUUCUUUUGUUUUGUUUUGACUUCAUUUAUUUGGCCUUCAUCCGGGUAAAUAAAACGGAGACUGGAGCUUUGACUAUAAAUGUCGACGUCGCGUUAGACGUUCCGUCACAGUUAGUUAGAAGAUAUUGGCGAAAUGAAGUUGUCAAAGCUUAUGCUUACUUUCCUUUACUUGGGGCUUUUCGUUGCCUUGGUGGUGAGUGCCGAUACGGAUACGGCCAGCGAUUCGGAUGAUGACACCACUGCAGCCGCUUCCACAAACACCACAAGCACAGAGGCCGCCAGUUCCUCUGAUAGUUCCAGUACCUCAGAUGAUGAUUCCGACACCAGUUCUGAUGUGGAUGAUGGCUCUACCGAUGAUUCUGAUUCUGGUUCAGAUUCCGAUUCCGAUAGUGAUACUGCUACAUCAGCUCCAGUUGUAAAAAAGAAGAAGAAGACCAACAGCAACAAAAAGAAGGCCAAUAAGAACAAGAAGAAGGCCAGCAGCAACAAGAAGAGGGCUAGCAACAACAAGAAGAAGGCCAACAAUCGCAGAAAGAGGGCGUCUAACAACAAAAAGAAGGCAACCAACAACAACAACAAGCGCAGAAACAGCAAUUCCAGGAGGCGUGGAUAAACAUAUAAAAAAAACAAACAUUCUGGACAUAAGGAAAAUUCCAAUAUCAGGACAAUAUGCAUAAUAAAUAUCUUUUUUUUUAUGAUUUAAUAA